AUGCUCCAUCAUGCCUUGUUGGAAGGCGGCGUGUCCUCCGGCAUUGAUGGAGAAGUGGCGAAGGGGACGCCGGGGCCGGUGCGUCGAUGGCGACCUUCGGCCACCUUUCGCACGAUGCCGGUGCAAACCGCCUCGCAAGCGCCCGAGCAAUCCAGCUCCGGCAGUUCCGUUUUGCGUGAAGUCCCCGCGGUCAGCGUGGCGCUGCUGAUGGGCGCCAUCAACUCCGUGAGCUACGGGACCCUCACCUUUGCCUCGCCGGUGACGGACAAAGUGCCGUGCGGCAUCUUCAUCUGGCUGCUGAGCACCUUGGGGUCGCAGCUCGGCACCCUCCUGGCCUCGAACAUCCGCAACGGGAUCUCCUGCCCCAUGCUGGAGAUGAUCCCCAUCUUCCACGCGAUGUUCUUGACCAUCGCUUCCAGGAUGCCGUCAGCAGAUCCCGAGGAGGUGCAGGCGACCUGCUUGGCCAGCUGCUUUGUGUGCACCGUGACGAUCGGCCUGGGCUUGUUGAUCUGCACACGCCUGGGCCUGGCCAAAUACCUCCGCGCGGUGCCGCUGAUCGUGCUGAAGGCGCCUUGUUCGGCGUGGCUUUGUUCUUGA